AUGAAGAGCUUGGUUUAUGCACCUGUAUUUGAAGAAGGCACAAAGUCUAAAUGUGGCAGUCAUGGUGAUAUGCAACAGUCAACUGAGAAGAAAAGUCGUGAUGAAGAGUUUGAGCAUGACAGUAAGGAUACAGUGAAGAGGUUAGAGCCAGACAAGGCUAAGAUGACAUAUGUUGCAAAUGACGGAUUUAAUGGGUAG